UUCCAUCUUGGUGGCCUCAAUGCCUAGCGUGGGGCAGAGGGUUCUGGUCGGAAUCUACGGCGACUCUUCCACAUCCGUGAUUCCAGAUUUUCGACUAAGAGUGUUGGGUAUCAACAGCAAUUGAUGCGUAUAUCUGCUUUCUAUAACAAGGCUCUGGAAGCCAAAGCGUCGAACGUUGCUACGCAUUUGCGCUGGAUAUGGAGCCCCCCCCCACCAGCCUACCUGGUUUUCUUUCGUAUCAAGUAAUGCCGCCGUGCGACCCGAUCGCCCGAUCGAUUGCGACGAUGGAAACUGCACCAUAUCCGAUAUCUGACAAGCCCCCCAGGGCUGGCAUUUUCUAUGAUUUUUACGCCAUGGACAGCAUUCCAAGAAAACGCAGUCGGCAAGGCAAAAUGCAAAGGCUCGACAAAUGUUUAAUGUCGCCAAUACAGCGGCCGCCACCACCACUUUUGCCGUUUCUCGGCGCCCAGGCUUUGACUGUGCGACCUUCCCGAUUCGACAUGGGCGGUCAGCUUUCUCCCCUGAUUCCUCCUCAGCUUGUCGCCGCCAGAGCUGCAAAAGGAAGCUCCUCGCCUCGCCCAUCGCCUCCAUCCCCACACUUUGGACCUGGAGCAACCACAAUCUCGCCGCUGACGAGCGAUAUGCCCAAAUUAACCAGCGAUCCGGCCAUGCCAAGUCAUCUCGGUGGAGGAGGGGACGCGGGAGCGGGCAAUGGCAUGUUCUCGCCCGCCGCCGCGCGGGGGAUCGGGGUUUGGCCGCAUAUAAAGUAGCGAUGCAUCUUUUUUGCUUUCCAUGUGUCCGCCCAUGGCUUUUGUUCUAGCGCCCUCCCCUAGGUCUCCCGUCGCCAGGAAAAGCUCUCCGUGCACCCUCCCAACCACAACCAUGAGGAUCAGCAAGGCGUCGGCGCUGUGGGCGGUGCUGCCUGCACUGGCUCAGAGCAAAGACUGCAGGCCGCCCGUCGAGUCGGCGAAGCUUCAGGAACUCAUCACCGCGGAUGGCCUCAUGGGAAACCUCCAAAAGCUGCAUGACAUCGCCACCGCCAACGGCGGCAACCGUGCUUUCGGCCUUCCUGGCUAUGCCGCCUCGGUUGAUUUCAUCUUCAACGAGAUCUCCAAGCUCAAGAGCUACAAUGUCUGGAAGCAGGACCUCCCCGCCAUGUUCUCCCUCACCACGGCCGCCGAGACGGUGAUCGAGGGCGAGUCCUGGCGCACCGUCGCUUUGACCUACACUCCCAGCACCCCGAAGGGCGGCAUCACGCGCGAGAUCGUGCUCGGCCCCGAGGGCGCCGCCGGCUGCGACGCCGCCAACUACGAGGGGCGGGGCGCCGCCGGCAAGAUCGUCCUGGUCGAGCGCGGCCUGUGCCCGGACCAGACCACUUUCGCCGGCAAGCUGAAGGCCGCCGCCGCCGCAGGGGCCGCGUCGGUCCUCAUCUACAACCUCAACGAGGCGCAGCUCACCGGAGGCUCGCUGACGAGGCCCAGCCCGGAGUAUGCGCCCGGCGUCAUCGUCGACCGGGCCCCCGCGCUGGCCAUCAAGGCGCGCAUCGAGGCCGGCGAGAAAGUCGAGGCCUUUAGCAACAUCCAGCAGCUUAUCGAGGAACGCAUAACGCAGAACGUCAUCGCCGAGACCAAAAAGGGUGACCCGGCAAACGUCGUCAUGCUCGGUGCCCAUCUCGACAGCGUCCAGGCGGGAGCGGGCAUCAACGACGACGGCUCCGGCACCUCGCUUAUUCUGGAGCUCGCCAAGGGUCUGUCCCACUUCUCGACCACCAACAAGGUCCGAUUCGGAUGGUGGGCCGCCGAGGAGAACGGGCUUUGGGGCUCAAACUACUACGUCGAGCAGCUGGCGGCGUCGCCCGAGGUCGACAGCCUGCUGUGCUACGUCAACUUUGACAUGGUCUCGCGCGGCGUGCACUACGUCUUUGACGGCACUGGCGACCGCGCAGCGCCCGGCGGCGCUCCCGGAUCCGCCGCGAUCGAGAAGCUGCUCGCCGAGUCGCUGAUCGCCCAGGGCAAGGAGAUCAAGCCGGCCGGCCUGACGGGCGGCACCGACUACGUGCCCUUCAAGAACAUAAUCAACAAGCCCGUCGGCGGCCUCUUCACUGGCACCGGCAUCGACGAGGACCCGUGCUACCACCAGGCAUGCGACAACAUCACAAACGCCCGCCCAGAGCUCAUCUACCCCAACGCUCUCGCCGCAGCGCACGCCUUGGCCGUCCUGGCCGUCGACGGCACCAAGCUUAUCCCCAAGAGCCCCGCCAACGCCACUAUCGGCCGUGUCCGCAGGCUGAGGGAUGCCGGCCUCGGGGUUAAGAUGGACUUUAGCGCCACUCAUGGAAAGCACUGCGACCACGACCUUGUCUAAAGAGUUAUUAUGUCUUGUCUGUAUUCAGGCGAUCCAUCAUCUUUAGAAGAACGACAUGUCCUCAACGAGACCAUGAAGCUGCAAUAACGAUAUAUAAUAUGCAAAAAGUUGGACACAGUAAUGAUAUGACACGCUUCCAAUGACCGACCAUUGGUGCAUGCAAAAAUCCACUUUUCUUCUCUCACUGGCGUCGAAGGCGUGGCAAGCUAUCUACCCUAGGUGCCCAGGCGCCGGUCAUCAGUAUGAACGUACUGCAAAUGAUACCCUUCUGCGACGGCAUCAUUCCGACAUAGUACGAGAUAACUGUGGAAGGGACUAGCGACGUUAGUGACUGGAGGAGGUCAAUCUUGCUGCGGCUGGUGGUGAGUAACGACAAUGUGCUUUUGGGACUUCGAGCGAUGUAGCCUCCUAGAACUGGCACUUUCCAAAGGGCAGGCUGCUCCUUCCCAUUAGACCUGCUGCUUGCCCGUAGGCCCGCGCCUUCUCUAAAUUUAAACCGAUUCUAGGCGGGCACCUAGCACCUUGUGCAUAUUUUCUCCUUCCAAGCUACCAGCAGAGACCUUCCACCGAGAUUGCUCCCACUCGCACCAAUCCGAUCUGGCGUCUCCCUCAAAAACAUCAUAGCCUCAUCGCCGGGGCGUAGUGUUCCGGGAUACGCGCUCUCUCUCUCUCUCUCU